AUGGGAACUGAAGCCAAAGCAGCAGGUGUGCAUGUGCAGCUCGGGCCGGUAGCCGACGGCACGGGGAAGAUUCCGACUGCAGGUCGGGCAUGGGAAGCGUUCUCUCCAGAUCCAUACUUGUCAGGCAUGGCAAUGGCAAGUACGAUUAACGGAAUGCAGGCAGGCGGAGUUCAGGCUUGCGCCAAGCAUUUCAUCGGCUUUGAGCAGCAGUUGCAUUGCAACACCAUAAGUUCAAACAUUGACGAUCGAACUAAUCACGAACUGUACAUGUGGCCAUUUGCCGACGCUGUCAAAUCCGGCGUCACAUCGGUCAUGUGCUCAUACAAUAAAGUCAACGGCACUCAUUCUUGCGAGAACGAUCAGGUGCUCCAAGGAUUAUUGAAAACCGAGGUUGACUUCCAAGGGUAUGUCAUGAGCGAUUGGGGAGCCCAGCACAAGACAAAUGAGAGUGCGAAUGCUGGAAUGGACAUGUCAAUGGAUAACCAAGGCUCGAAACAUUGGGGUACGAAUCUGAAAUCCGCCAUUUCAAGGUUUGUGUUCGGAGGGGUUGCGCAAUCCCGUCUAGAUGACAUGGUUACAAGAGUUCUUGCCGGCUGGUACUUUGUGGGUCAGGACCAAGGCUCCUAUCCAACGUGGCCCCGCGAUAUUCCGAACAUGCCGGAGCACAAGACGUUGGCAAGAAACAUGGCGCGAGACGGCAUCGUUCUGUUAAAGAACGAUAACAAUUUCUUGCCUCUCAAUCCCACGAAACGGUUGGCAAUUAUUGGAUCCGAUGCUGAGAAUCCCGUGAUCAUGGGAGGCGGCUCAGGAUCAAUCUCCAAUCCGCCUACCGUCAAACCAAUUACUGCCUUACGGGAAACUAACACGGUGGUGGCGGAGUCUCUCAACGAUAAACCACAAGAGGGACUCGCGAUGGCUGCAUCCAACAAGGCAGACACCGCCGUCGUCUUCAUCUCAUCAUGGUCUGGGGAGUGGGAAGGUGGCGAAAAGUCCUGCGACCGCCAAUCACUAGACCCUAAACGGAACAGCCCGCCAGGUUCGCAAUGUUCUGAUCCACGGGGGUCCGAUUACGACGGCAACAAGCUUGUGGAGGCGGUAUGUAAGGCGGGCAAACCGACGGUUGUCGUGAUCCAUAGCGUCGGACCUAUCAUUCUUGAAACUAUCGAAACAUGCCCUCACGUCGUUGCCAUAGUCUGGGCUGGUCUUCCGGGAUCGGAGUGCGGAAAUGCUUUGGUCGACGUGUUGUUCGGUCACACAAGCCCGAGCGGAAGACUCCCAUAUACUAUUGCAAAGAAUGAGGGCGACUACGGCACUAAGAUUGUGACGGGGGAUUCUGAUCCCUUUACGGAAGGGCUGUAUGUUGACUAUCGGCACUUCGAAAACAAAGGCGUCAUAUCGAGGUAUGCCUUCGGGCAUGGGUUAUGUACGUUUCAAUCCCUACCGCGCUGUCGCGUUCGAACUGACGCCCUCCAAGCAUACACGAACUUCAGUUAUUCCAAUCUCGCCACGUCAUUCACCAAGAACACUGCAGACCAUGCAACAGUCGUCCCUGGCGGUUUGGCGAAUCUUUACGACAACGUUGCUACUGUGACAGCAAAGAUCAAAAACACCGGAAAAGUAGCAGGUGCCGAAGUAGCUCAACUGUACAUUGGCCUGCCUUCAUCUGCGCCUCCUACACCAGCCAAGCAGCUUCGUGGCUUCCAGAAGCUCAACCUCAAGUCUGGCGAGGAAGGCACUGCUACCUUCAAGCUUCGCCAAAAGGACCUAAGCUAUUGGGAUGUUGGCUCUCAAAAAUGGGUUAUGCCUAAUGGCAAAUUCAACGUCUAUGUUGGCGCCAGCUCGCAAGAUAUAAGGCUAAAUGGCACCAUAUCAGCAUUGUAA